UAAUUUGCAGUCAACAGAAUCUAAGUAAGAUUCAAAAGUACUGACAAAGGAGGAUUGUGCGAAUUACACUCAACACGAAAUAGACAUGGGAGAAACAAUUGAAGACGAUCCUAACCAAUCUUCCAAAACAACUGGAACUGGAAAUGCAAAAGUCCUGCCUGAAUUCUACAACAAAGCACAGAAAUAUUGGUCCGAGGUGCCAGCAACGGUAAACGGUAUGCUAGGCGGCCUUGGUUACAUCAACGCAAUCGAUAUCCAAGGCUCGAAGAUAUUUCUCCGUGAACUUAAGGUGCCAGGCAAAAAAUUGGCCCUGGACUGCGGGGCUGGAAUUGGAAGAGUUUCACGCAAUCUUCUGAUGCCACUUUUUGAGACUGUUGAUCUUGUUGAACAAGAUGCCGUUUUUGCUGAGAAGGCACGAGAGCUAUGCACAUCAGAGGCUUUUCGUUCGAAUAGCUUGGGUGAAGUAUAUAAUCUUGGACUACAGGAGUUCUCGCCCACACACAAAUAUGACUUAAUCUGGAGCCAAUGGGUUUUAGGACAUCUCACGGACCCGGAUCUUGUGUUAUUUUUUCGUCGCAUGCGCUUAAGUUUGCAACCAAAUGCAUACUUUUGUAUUAAGGAAAAUGUCAGCACGAAAAGUACAGAUAUUAAAGAUGACGAGGAUUCAUCCGUUACUCGUCCUUUGGCAGCAUAUGAGCGUUUUUUAAAAGAAGCUGGCUUUCGAAUUGUGCGUAAGGUGCGGCAACAAAAUUUCCCAAAAGGCCUUUUUCCAGUCUAUAUGAUUGGAUGUAAAUCGAAGACAUAGUAAUGGAUAUUGUAACUCGUCUGACUAUAGCAUUAGCUUUAUAUUUAUUUGACAAAUAAUAAAUGUAAUAUAAUAUAAA